UAUAUUGUUUGCUGCUUACAUCUGUAAUAUUUAAUAAAAUACUGCAAAAAAACAUAAAAAUGGGUGAUGAAGUGGUGGAAAACGAUCCUGCCAAAAAAAGAGUGCGGAAGAAGCGCAAGAAUUUCAUUUCUAACGCGAAGAAAUAUGCGAAAAAAGGGCAAAUGGGCCGCGGUACGAAGAUACCCGAGGAAUUGUACCAGUAUUUCGUUGGUAUACUUGAUGCUAUCAAAGCAGGCAUCCACGAUGAGGAAGAAAGACAGGCCCUGGUUAAUAAUGUUUUGGAAAGGACCAGAGGUGAGGAGUUUAAUGUGAUCGGAAACCAGCUUGGGUGCAGAGUCAUAGAACUGCUCCUCCCCUUCGCAUCACCAGAGGACCUGGAACAUUACAUGGACACCCUGUUACCUGAACUACGUAGAUUGUCUCCAGACAACUUUACAAGUCACAUCGUAGAGACAUCACUUAAAGUCGCUUGCGAUAGAGCUACGGAACAUUUACAGAAUCAAGAAAGUGAAAAUACAGAGAUGGAAGAGGAAGUUCCUAAGAAAAAGAGGAAAAAAGCAUCAAAAGAAGGAAAGUACAGUGAGGGGCAUAUAAAAAAAUGUCACGAAUACUCUUUAAAUGUAAGCAGAUUUGUGCUGAAUAAUUUAGAAGACUUUGCGUGGGACCCAUAUGCAAAUCACAUCUUACGUAGUGUCUUAAAAAGCCUGAGUGGUAUCACACUUUUGCCUGGUGAAAAACCAAAAGUAAACCUUCUUAAAGAGACUGAAAAACCUAAAGGAAUACCCCCACAUCUAACUAAAAUGGACUAUAAGACCGUACCAGACGAGUUCAAAGAGAUGGUUGUAGAGUUCGCAAAACGCAUGUCUUCGUGGCCACAGUUCAAGGAAAUGCCUUUCAAGAAUCUGACAUCGGGAAUGUUACAGGUGCUUCUAUAUGCGGUAAAAAAUUGUGAUAAAAAUUUAACCAGAGAUUUAAUUAAGCAGCUUUUGAAUGAGAGUCUUGCCCCUGAUGACUGGGUGAACAAUGUUGAUGAUGAAAAGAAAGAUGUAAAAGGUAAUGAAGGUGAUGAUGAUGAAACUGUUGGUGAUGGUGAUGAAAAGAAGAAAGAAGUAAAUACGACUAAUCUGCCACCUGUUUUUAAGCAAGAAUCUGCUGUUAGGUUGCUAGAAGCAGCACUGUUUGUAGCUAAGAAGAAGAUGUACACUCAGAUCUACGCCCGCUGCUUCAUCAACCGGCUGGGGCAGCUGGCCACGAUGCCCAUGCUCAAUUUCACCGUGCAGCGGCUUAUUGACAACUGUCAGAUUAAGGAGGAGUUUGAGCCGAUGUUUGACGAGUUAGCUGACAAGUUCCCCGCGCUGCUGUCGUGCGGCAACACGGGCGUGCUGCUCGCGCUUGGAAAAGCGUGUCUACGCGUGCAGGCGCGGCAGGCGCAGCUCGUGCAGAAACUAGAAUCAGCGUUCAACUGCACUGACCCGUCCCAACAGAAGUACUUCUCAGUAUGCUGCUUACGCCUGCUGCCGUUGAACAGGAUCGACGUGUCUAAGCUCGUGUCAGACUAUUUCAUACACAUACAUGGAUCUGUUAUACUGCAGACUAUAUUGGAUUUCCAGCGUCCAGCGAAAGCUGUGAACAGUCUCCUGGAGCUGGCUCCUGAGGAGCUGGUCGUGAUAUUCAGCGAUGCCAAGGGGUGCCACGUGGCCGACGCGCUCUGCCGCGGGCAGUGUGUUGGCGUGAAGGCCCGAGACAAACUUGUGUGGAGGCUUAAGGGCUACUACCAAAAACUGGCUCUCUCUCAAUACGGGUCGCGCGCGUUUGAACAGAUCUUCGAAACGUGUUCACCAGAACAAAGAGUCAAGAUAAUGACAGAAAUAUCAGAUAAAAGUAACCUUCUAAACAGCACACAAUAUGGUAGAGUGAUCGCUACUAAACUAGAUGUCGCCACUUUCAAACAGUCGCAGAAACAAUGGGAGGAGACAUGGAAGAAUAAAAAGAAUAAAGAAUAAAAACUUAUAUUA